AUGGAUGCGAUGAUCAAACCAAUAUCCGUGUAUAUUUUACUUGUUCUCAUUAUCCCUUUUAUAGCAUCACAGAAAUGUGGUUCGGAUGACGAAUGCUCACGUCAUUGGCCCCAGGCUACCUGUACUCGAGGGCGUUGUCGUUGCCCCAUUGACACAGUCAGGAAGAAAAGUCCAUCGAGGGAAUGGGUCUGUUUAUCGGUGAAAGAUGCUGCAACGGGAGAAUCCGGACCUCCACUGACAUGUCCUCUCCCAGAGGGCGCUGGGUACCAGGUCAUUUUAAGAAACGAAUCUGCGCCUGUUCAAUGCUCGACCAGAGUUGAAAACUCAUGUCCAGCAGGUUAUGAAUGUAUACAAGGUCUAUCGACAUUCGGUUCAUUGGAUGGAAUCUGUUGUCCAGAUCCAGAUACAACAUGUUCUCACGCCAUUUUCGAUAAUGAUGAAGGGACAAUAGAUCGUUGGGGAUUCGAUGGGAAGCAAUGUGUUCUCUUCAAAUGGCAUCCUGAUAGACCCUCGUCCCCUAAUAAUUUCCGUACAAAGAUCCAUUGUGAAGAUUAUUGUAUAAAGCAUGUUAAGUAUGCUUUCGAAGAUAUUUAG